AUGGGAGUGCGGAGCAGCGAGGCAGACACCGGAAUCCGGCGAAGAGGCUGUCUUGUACGAAAGAACGAUUUUCUUCCAGAAGAAUCAUUUCCAAAAGCUGGGGGAAAUACAUGGAAAGCUCUUAGCGAAAAAACUCCAAUGCGAUUCAAGGAAUCGGUUAUUGACCAGCCCCCCCCCCCUGAUCCAUGGACUCCACGAUUGACCAGAUCCAUGGACUCCACGGAGCUCCAUGAAAUAAAGGCUCGAAGCGAGCAUGAUAUGAAGAAGGACCUUACUUGGUGGGACUUAAUCUGGUUUGGCAUAGGGGUUGUAAUCGGGUCAGGUAUAUUUGUUCUAACCGGACUUGAGGCACGUGACCACGCCGGACCUGCUAUUCUGUUAUCUUAUGUGAUUUCGGGUGUUUCUGCUAUGCUCGCUGUGUUUUGCUAUACUGAGUUUGCUGUGGAAAUUCCAGUUGCAGGUGGAUCAUUCGCUUACCUAAGAGUAGAGCUAGGUGACUUUGUAGCCUUCAUUGCCGCCGGAAACAUCCUCUUCUAGGUAUUGAUCGGCGGAUGCUGCGGUGGCUGUUCAUUGACAUCAAUUUUCGCAACUCUCUGCAACCACAAUCCAGACGACUUCCGUAUAAUAGUCCCACAGUUUCCUGACGACUACGGCCAUUCUUAGACCCCAUUGCGGUUUGUUGUUUCUUCAGUCAUAUUAUUCCUCGCUGUUUCUAGCACCAAAGGCUCAUCUCGCUUUAAUUACAUCGCUUCCUUGUUCAUUGUCAUCACUAUCGUCUUCAUCAUCAUUGCUGGUCUUACCAAAGCAGAAAGCAAAACUUUCUCCUUUACACCUCACGGUGCUCUAUUUUUUGUUGCAUCAAGGCUGUUGUUUUUCUUCGCUUAUGUUGGAUUGAUGCAAUUGCCAACCAAUGGCAGAAAACUAAAAAACCCAGCUCGCGAUAUUCCUAUAGGGAUUUAGUGGGAUCGGAUGACAAGUAAUCGCAUUAGCAUAUUGGUCUAUUAAGCUGCCACAUUAUGGCUUAAUGGUUCCAUACAGCAGCUUUGAUUCCUGAUGCUGCAUUUUUCUGUGGCAUUUGAAUAUGUGGGGUUGAGUUGGGCAAUAUAUACUGUUGGUCAAGCUCGAUUGACUACUGCUUUGCUUGUCGGAGCUGUUGGUCAAGCUCGAUAUCUAACUCAUAUUUCUCGAACCCACAUGAUGCCACCAUGGUUAGCUCAUGUUAAUGGAAGAACAGGAACACCAGUAAAUGCUACUAUUGUUAUGAUUACAGCAACCGCCAUUGUUGCUUUCUUUACUAAAAUGGAUAUUUUAGCUAAUCUUCUCUCUAUUUCUACCUUGUUUAUUUUCACUCUGGUGGCUGUUGCUCUUCUUGUUCGUCGUUACUAUGUUACUGGAGUCACUGCGCCUGUAAAUCGAGUUAAGCUAGUGGUAUGUAUAUUAUUAAUUCUUGCUUCUUCUAUUGCUACUGCUAUUAUCUGGGCUGAAAAUGGAGAUGGUUGGAUUGGAUAUGUUAUUACUAUACCCAUUUGGUUUUUGGCUACUUUAGGGCUUAAGAUUUUUGUUCCACAAGCCAAGGAUCCAAAACUAUGGGGUGUUCCAUUUGUGCCAUGGUUGCCUUCUGCUUCAAUUCUUAUUAAUAUUUUUCUUCUAGGGUCUAUAGACGGUUUGUCGUUUGCUAGGUUUGGUGUAUGGACUGGCGUUUUGUUGAUAUAUUAUUUGUUAUUUGGAUUACAUGCCUCUUAUGACAUUGCUAAGGGUUUUACUAAUGAUUCUAUAAAUCCUAGCGAGUAAGGAAUUAUUUUUUAUA